CAUUUGAGGGGUUAUCUAGUGGCUUUCUGUACCAUUGCUAUUUCUCUCCAGCACAACAGUUGGCCUGGAGAGAUUUGAAGCUUUGGGGAAAGGUAUGUCGCCAACGACGGGAUAGCGAAUUUCGAUUGGUUACUAAUUCCACUACCAUUGAUCGAAAUAACCGCUGACCAAGCGAUCGAUUGGUGUUUCACAUACGGAAACCUGGUAGAAAUGUUUGGAGAUUCUCAGAACAAAGCUCUCGAGAACUGUCUUACCGCGUAUGUAAAGAAUAGCAUUGGAGAUGGUAUAGAUCCAGUGCACCACCUGAGCGCAUUUAUUCCCGCAGAUCAAUUUUUUUGGUUGGAGGCUUCAUACAAAGCUUUCGAGUUUAGUAAGAUUAUCGAAACUGGUAAUUGGCACAAUCUGACGCCAAAGAUUGAAAGCAAAGUGUUCAAAAAUGCGAAGGAAAAAUUCGAUUUCUGGUGGCAGGAUAUACAAGGAAGUUGGGCUAUAUUCGCACCCGGAGUGCCGUUGAGAAUCAGGACCGAUGGAGGUCAAGGCCACAAGACAUUCUCUACAAUUCCCGUACCUUACGUUGCCGUAACGCUUGACUCACACGGAACCUUAAACCGAUACUUGAGAACGGAAUGUCUUAUGCUGCAGUGUGCGCAUCACACAGGACUGUUACUCCAAUUUUUGAUGACAGCAUCGCGGAAAAAGGAAAGUAUGUGCUCCUAAAUUUCUUGUCGAAAUCGGUCUUCCUUGCUCCAAUUUGGUGGAGCAGGCACUACUUGGGUACGUCGAGUGGGAUAACCGGAUGGUGCUGAGAGAAGCGCGGCAUCUCUUGGCAAUGUCGGAAAAAGACUUUGCGAUAUUCUAUGAAACACUAUUGCAGGCAGCCGCUGGACCACUUGAUAUUAUGUUGGAAGAGGUUGUUACGCAAGAAAGGGCCUACGAGGACAAGCCAUUCUACAACGACAUUGAGGCUGGCAGACGCAACGAUAUAGCGUCAGAUGAUGAUGUUAUGUUGCCGUGUAAAGGAGAUCAGCUCACCCUCCAAUGGCAAGGGAAAGGUGUUGACCGCGAGUAUGCAAUGGAAACGACAUCGCCACCCAUAACGCCCAGUGAAUCGAAUGACAUACCGAGACAAACGCAGACAUACGAGCCUAGGCAGGCCUCACAUACUCCUGCAAAUCCUCACGAUUCACCCCCUCAACCUCUUUGGUCUCAAAUUCAUCUACGCAGAAACGCUGUCAACCACCCGCGACAAAACGCAGAGUAGCCUCUAACGAAAUCACUAUCCAGUCUCCUUCUAAGCGUCAUCGUACCGAGAAAGAAACUAUUCCCUAGUAUGACAGAGUGAUAGAAUUCCAGGAAGUUACAUUAGAAAGACUCCAAGUUUCACAUUCAACAGCAUCCAUAAAAAAACAGUAAAAAAGAAAUUAUCAGAGCUAAUU